AUGGGAGGUGAGGAAGAGCCAAAGCCAGCGGAGCAAACAAACCCAAACGCAUCUUCCACGGUAGUUUCGCUGGAGACAGAAAUGGCCAGGUCUUCUAUUUCAUUAUUGGCUCCGAACCCUUCUUGGUUCACCCCUAAAAGGUUACUUGUUAUAUUCUGUGUGAUAAAUCUGUUAAAUUAUUUGGAUCGAGGGGCUAUAGCAAGUAAUGGAGUAAAUGGGAGUCGCAGAACUUGCACAAAAAGUGGUACAUGCUCAUCCGGCAGUGGAAUUCAGGGUGAUUUUGACUUGAACAAUUUUGAAGAUGGUGUUAUAUCCUCUGCUUUCAUGGUUGGACUUCUUGUGGCAUCUCCAAUAUUUGCCUCUUUGGCAAAGAGGUUAGUGGGUGUUGGUGAGGCUUCUUUUAUUAGUCUUGCUGCUCCAUUCAUUGAUGAUAAUGCUCCAGUUGCUCAGAAAAAUGCGUGGCUGGGAAUAUUUUACAUGUGUAUACCAUCGGGAGUUGCACUUGGCUACGUUUAUGGUGGCUUGGUUGGAGGUCAUUUUAAUUGGCGUUGGGCAUUCUGGGGGGAGGCAAUUUUGAUGCUUCCAUUUGCUGUUUUAGGUUUUGUUAUGAAACCUUUGCAGUUAAAAGGGUUUUCUCCUGCUGCAUCGAAAAAAGGGUUGACAGCUGCUCCAAAAGUUCAAGAUAUUCCAAAUGGUAACGACGGUGCAUUGCACUCAAAGGAAGAGUUCUCAGAUCAAAGCUCAACUAAACCUUCCAGAUCAAAAGAUCCAGGCAGUAUUUUGAAUCAGUUCUCAAGAUUCUUGAAAGAUAUGAAAGUUCUUUCAGUUGAGAAGAGCAAUGCAGAUAUGAUGUUUGGAGGAAUCACAAUUGUGUGUGGUGUAUUCGGAACACUAGCAGGAGGUUAUGUUUUGGACCUUAUGGGUUCCACAAUAUCUAAUGCAUUUAAGAAAAAUGCGUGGCUGGGAAUAUUUUACAUGUGUAUACCAUCGGGAGUUGCACUUGGCUACGUUUAUGGUGGCUUGGGUCCUGUAAAUUUUGUAUGUCUGCAUUGUGUUAAACCAAGUCUUAGACCUCUAUCUAUGGCAAUGUCUACUGUCUCAAUCCACAUCUUUGGUGAUGUGCCUUCCUCCCCACUUGUUGGGGUUCUCCAGCUUCUUUCUGCAGCAACUUUUAUGGGGGCAAUAUUUUGCUUUAGUGCCUUUUGUUUUAAGAGCCUGUAUGCUUUCAUAGCUCUUUUUGCAAUUGGGGAGCUACUAGUAUUUGCUACACAGGGUCCUGUAAAUUUUGUAUGUCUGCAUUGUGUUAAACCAAGUCUUAGACCUCUAUCUAUGGCAAUGUCUACUGUCUCAAUCCACAUCUUUGGUGAUGUGCCUUCCUCCCCACUUGUUGGGGUUCUCCAGCUUCUUUCUGCAGCAACUUUUAUGGGGGCAAUAUUUUGCUUUAGUGCCUUUUGUUUUAAGAGCCUGUAUGCUUUCAUAGCUCUUUUUGCAAUUGGGGAGCUACUAGUAUUUGCUACACAGGGUCCUGUAAAUUUUGUAUGUCUGCAUUGUGUUAAACCAAGUCUUAGACCUCUAUCUAUGGCAAUGUCUACUGUCUCAAUCCACAUCUUUGGUGAUGUGCCUUCCUCCCCACUUGUUGGGGUUCUCCAGGAUAAUGUCAACAACUGGAGGGAGACUGCUCUGAUUUUAACUUCUAUUCUGUUUCUGGCAGCUGGAAUAUGGUGUAUAGGGAUCUUCAUUCACAGUGUGGACAGAUCCAAUGAAGAUAGCGAGCACCCGGACGCCAUGUUCGACAAAUCGAACACAACACCUUUACUUGAAGAGAAGGCAGCAGAAAGAAGAAUGUCUCUAGCAGAACCCUAA